AUGGGGGGUGUAUUAAAUUAUAUAGGUACCACAAUUGCCGUGCAAUUGCGGCGUCGCUUUUGUUCCACACCAUUUGGAAGCUACACCAAGGCCUUGGUUGAUGAAGGCCCCGGCAGCCUCGAAGGUGUUGGAACUCCGGCCAAGUUCACAGAGAGCGAAAGUCUCUCUGACCGUGUGGUGUUCCAAGAUCUUCUCGCGGUCCUGCGCACUUGUCGCAGAAAGCGGAGCUCCGACCCCAAGGACAAAGUCUUUGGUAUACUUGGCGUCCUCACUGAGAGGAUUCGCAAUGAGAUCAAGGUCGACUAUAGCAUUGCGGUUAAAGACGUGUACAUCAAUGUUUUCCGGACCGUCGUGGAGAAGACCAAAUCUUUGGAUAUUCUGUUCGAAGCGAUUCACUUCCCAACCUACACCAACAAUAACAACUUGCCAAGUUGGGUACCUGAUUGGUCUCACCUUUGGUGUUCCUCGCCAAUUGCAAGAAGUAAUACCUUCUCGGCAUCUGGAAAAUCACGAGCUGAUGUCGAAUUCAUGGAGAGGGGCAAGCUGAGGAUAUCGGCCAUACCGUUGGGAAGUAUCAAGGAGCACGGAACUGCUGUGGGUACGCAAUGCACCGUGAAAGACUACCUCAUGGCCUUUUUACAGUGGAGAGCCUCUCUUUCACACUUCUUUGAUGGUGGAACAGAGCAUUUCCUGAGGUGGGUGAAACAGAGAUUCUGCUUAGCGCUCAGCCUUCGCCCCACACCAGAAGGCGAAGAGACGACAGAGGCUUGGAUGGAUACCUGCUACCACAUCUUCGCGUCCACAAUACGCAAUGACCUCCCCAAGCUUCACAUGGAUGAUGAGCUAGAGCAGUACGUCGACAUCCGCAGCGGCUUCAAGAUGGACCCUGGAGAGCGGCGGCUAUUCCUACAGAAGAACUUCGGGUCGAAGAUGAUGUGCCGGUGCCUGUGCAUCACCGAUGAGAAACGAGUUGGUAUGGGCACGGGGCUCAUGACACAAGACGAUGUUGUUGUCGUACCGCUAGGGUGCAGCACGCCUGUGGUCUUGCGGCGCGAGGGCGACGAGUACCGUUUCAUUGGUGACGUUUACAUUCACGGAUAUAUGGACGGAAGAGCAGUCGAGGAAUGCAACAAGGAUGCUGUGGGCAAAAGGGUCAGAUCAUAUGUUAUUCACUAA